GAUGGACUCUUCAAUUUUUUUUUCCUUGCUUAUUUUCAUCCAAUCAUCAUCAUGGUCUUGAAAUCAUCCAUUGUCCUUGCUCUUUUUGUAUGUGCUGUCUCAGGUGUAUUGACUAAAAAACAACCAGAUGAUAAAGGGAAGAUGGUGGCUCGCCAACUUGUCGGAAGUGUUACUGGUGGUGUUUCUGGUGAACUUGAUGGUGUUGAUAAUAUGGUUCACAAUGUUGUUGUCGAUACUGCUGAUUGA